AUGUUACCCUCCGUGGCGCCAUUCCCGCCAGUUCAGCCACACCACCUAAAUCGAUAUCACGAAUCCGAAUCGCUCAAUGGAAACUAUGGCUUGGACAAUUCAUUCGCGGCGCAGCUUCCUCAGUAUGGUUUCGCCAGCCAUGGCUCGUUCCAAUCGGUCCCACGAACUCGACUGCAGUAUCCUCACCCCGUCCAACGUCCCAGUCUUCACGAUCCCACCCAUUCGGCGACGCUGACAUUGAACAAUGUUGGGGAACAUGCGCUGAGGAGGAAAACGCCAAACGGAACCCUUGCUGCUGGAUACGAUGGUACACUGGGCGAUAUAACGAUCCAACCGGCGUCAAAGCACAUAUUGGUUUCGCAGUUGGACUCGGGCCAGCUGGUUUCGCCCCAAGCCGGCUUUCCGAUUGACUCCUGGCAACAACCCACCCUGGAUCAAUCGUCAACAGCGCAGCAAUUGAACUUUCCGCCCAUGCAUAAGACUGACCCGGGUCGAGGCAACGCUAUGCCGGAGGAAUUGGCGCAGAGUUUCAAUGGGAUUAGUUGGAUACGGUCGUUGAAUGGUGCGCCAGGAAUUGACUCGAUGCUAAACCAAACGUUACCGAUGCAAGGAUCUCAGCAGCGAUUUUACUGGCACAAUGGAGCAUAUGUCCCUACGGUGCUCCCGGCUACCUUGCAGCCAUGCAUUGGGCCCACGGCAUCCGCAGGAACUGCACCAUAUGGGCCGUACUGGCCAGAUGGUGCUUACAUUCCAUAUCGCCCUGCUGCGUUUCGUGAACCCCGUUCGAACCAACAAGGCCCUUUUGCGAAUCCGCUCGGCCAUUCCGCCCCGCAAUUCUUCGAUGCGGGGCAGCAAUCUUUCAACAUGGGUGCUAUCCCAUCAAAUAAGCUGGAGCUCGGCGAUUGGAAUCAGAAUUCCUUGGGCGUAUUUAACCCUGAUGGUUCAGUGAAAAACAAUUUCCCUCCGCGUCAUUCGGAGCAAAAGACCUUUGAUACCUCAAACAACCAACGUGUUUUACCGUUCCAUACACGCCAAAGCAACUCUGGAUCUGGUUUCUCGACACGACCGCCAUUACAUGAGCCGUCUGCGUCAUGGUCUGGUACUUCUGGAAAUGGCGGAUAUCAGAGCUCUGGGCCUGCUCCCGGUACUAGGGCAGCCAACGCAGAGUUCAAGGAAAAGGUAUUGUCAUGGGCGCAUGGGGUAUAUGUCGAUCUCCUGGCGUCCAUCCACCGAGCACGCCGUAAUAGUGUUUCGAAUGCCGCCCAAGAUGGACAGACUCAACGGAUCCUGAAACCUAGCAUUUACCCUAAACCUCCACGCCAGCCCGGUCUUGAUUUCUCACAUACAGCUGCACCUGAAUUUUCUCGACAUAAUAGCUAUCCUUCAAGCCAGAGUCAUCGCUAUGCUUCACAAUUCCAACAGUUAACGACGAGUAAUCAUCUGGUUGACAGAUUACGGCAUACAGGUCGUCUGAAUUCUAUAUCUGGCUCACCUUUUUCCUCUGGCUCACUAGGCGAGAGCAACACAGUUGUAAACGCGGCAUCUUCACUGGAGCUAUUGUCACAUCUUUGCAUGGAAAGCGGUUGGGAAUGGAUUGAUGGCAUGCUUCUCGGUGGAUGUCUUGCUUACGGUCUAGGCGACUACAACAAGGCGAUGCGAUGGUAUAUGAGAAUCAUUGCGCGCGAUGCAGCACACGUCGAAGCUAUUUCUAAUCUUGCAGCCACCCUGCUGGCCUUGGAUCGGAGGGAGGAGGCAUUGCAACACUGGCUUCGCGCUGUAAAGCUGCGCCCGAGCUAUUUCGAAGCCGUUGAACAUCUUAUUGGCCUUUUAUGCAGCAGUCAACGUGGGAAGGAGGCAGUCAACAUUAUUGACUUUGUGCAGAACUCUCUAUGGAUGUCUAAGAACGGCGACUGUUUCAAAGCUGACGAGCACGCCAGCGAAACGGAGAGUGACGCCGACAGUCGAGUCUCCAGCGCGUCCGACCUGGGAUCAUAUGAGAAGGCCGCCUUUGAUUACGAUGAUGAUUUCAGCCGGUCGGCCUUUGUUAAUCGCCAGUCUGGAGAAAGCGUUGCUGCUGGGUACGGCUCUAGCGGGUAUUGUGUUCCGGGCUGCGACAAUGGCCGGAUGCUCGCUCUUGUUCACGCGAAAGGAAACAUGCUAUAUGCCCUGGGUGACUACGUGGCGGCAGCGGUAGCUUUUGAAGAUGCUAUCCUAAUUAGUGCGGGACGAAGGAGUCAUGGCAUUCAAAACCUCAUUAAGCAGAUUUUCGCCGCAUUUUCGCAAGGCUCACGCAGCGGAUAUAUGGGUUCUGAUCAUCACGAUUUGCAGGAGACCAUUUUACUCUACCCCGACAAGGCACUCCAGACGUCAAAAUUGGUCUUUGCUCCUUGUGGAACACCGCCAGGGAUCAAAUAUGUGCCGGAAGGUCUGGCGAGAAAGGCUGCUUUAGCCACGACAAGCAAUUCAUUACUCUCGCUGGCAAAGAUAUACCAGGACGGCAUGUCAAGCGCCCAGAGUAAUACUAAUGGUGCACCUCGAUCUGCACCCGGUGUUCGGGACAUUCUCGCUCUAUACUAUUUGUCGCUUUCCCUUCAACCGAGUCCGUCUACCGCCAACAACGUUGGCAUUUUGCUUGCCGGUAUCCACAACAAUGCUCCUGGAAAGGGUCUUGCCCGGUCCAGCGGGGAGAUGCAGCACCCCAAUAUACCUGGUGUCAUUCCUGGUACCGGAGUGUCACUAGCCCUGGCUUACUAUAAUUAUGGGCUACAUCUCGACUCGCGGCAUGCUCACCUAUAUACAAACCUCGGCAGUCUACUCAAGGAUAUUGGCCAACUGCAAGCGGCUAUCCGCAUGUACGAACAGGCCGUUCAGUGUGACGGCAACUUCGAUAUUGCACUAGCGAACCUGGCGAAUGCAGUUAAAGAUGCAGGAAGAGUCAAUGACGCAAUCUCAUACUAUAAGCGCGCCGUGAAAGUGAAUCCGGAGUUUGCAGAGGCCGUAUGUGGGUUGGCUAAUGCCCUUAACUCGGUGUGCAACUGGAUGGGCCGCGGAGGCAUCGCCAAUGCAUUUGGCUUCCUGGAUCGUUGGCAUGUGGAUGACCAAGGCAUGCUUCGUGACUCGUACGGCAUCGACGCGGGCACUGGGUGGAUCAAACGUGUGGUUGACAUCGUCGAUCGGCAGCUGAAAGAAGGUGAAAUCUGGGGCCGUGGCCUCUUGACAACGAAUACGAUCGAGCAGCUGUGCGCGCAGCUGGUUCCCGCGGUGGAUGGCCGUCGUCGAUCUGUUGCUGGAACCCUUGUUGCAAUGCUCCAGUCUUGGGCUGGACAGAAGUGGGAGGGCUCCCGUAUUGUUAAGCUCGUGGAACGCGUGAUUAGGGCCAUCACAUGGAGAUGGUACCAAGAUCGCUACGUCUAUGGCAGGGAAUACCCAUCGUCGAAAUAUCGACGACCACAGCUACCUGCUGGUUUAUCGGCACCAAACGCACCCACUGUCCUCCCGUUUCAUACAUUCACCUGCCCACUAUCGGCGAAACAGAUUCGACAGAUCUCUCAGCGAAAUGGCCUGCGUAUAUCUUGCUCGACUUUGCGGUCUCCUUGGCUGCCGCCUACGGUUUACCCACCGCCGGCUCCUCCAAACCCAUACCUCAAGGUUGGAUAUGUAUCGUCUGACUUCAACAACCAUCCGCUUGCCCAUCUGAUGCAGUCAGUGUUCGGGUUGCACAACCCGACCAAAAUAAAGGCGUACUGCUAUGCGACCACUGCAAGCGACAAGUCGAUUCACCGGCAGCAGAUCGAGAAAGAGGCACCCGUGUUCCACGAUGCCAGUGGAUGGCCCGUUGAACGGCUCGUGAGGCAGAUAGUCGAAGAUGGCAUUCAUAUCCUCAUUAACCUCAAUGGCUACACGCGGGGUGCGCGCAAUGAGGUUUUCGCUGCGAGACCAGCCCCGAUUCACAUGUCCUUCAUGGGAUUUGCGGGAACAUUAGGCGCGGAAUGGUGUGACUACAUUCUUGCCGACAAGUUGUCCAUUCCUCCGGACACACUAUCACCAGGCAAUCGCUUGACGAGGAUCGAAGAUCGAUCUUUCGAAGACGACCAUGGCGAAGAAGCCGAAAACUGGGUGUACGGAGAGAAGAUAGUAUAUACUCGGGAUACGUUCUUCUGCUGUGACCACCGACAGAGCGCGCCGGACGCAACAGACUCGUAUAUUGCUUGGGAUCACGAGCAAACGAGACGCUGGCGCAUGCGGAAGGAAUUGUUUCCUCACCUCAGCGAUGAUACUAUCAUUUUGGGCAACUUCAACCAACUUUACAAGAUUGAGCCCACAACUUUCCGGACCUGGCUGCGGAUUCUCGCGAGGAUCCCGAAUGCAGUGCUUUGGCUUCUCCGCUUUCCCGAUCUUGGGGAGCAAAAUCUCAGGGAGACUGCUGUAGCCUGGGCGGGCGAGGAGACAGCAUCUCGGAUUGUCUUCACAGAUGUUGCACCUAAGAAUACGCACAUCGCGCGGGCAAAGAUCUUGGACCUGUUCCUUGACACCCCAGAGUGCAAUGCGCACACGACGGCAACAGACGUCUUGUGGAGCGGCACUCCGCUCUUGACCCUCCCGCGCUACAAAUACAAGAUGUGCUCUCGCAUGGCGAGCAGCAUCCUCAACAGUGCUUUACCGAAGAACCAGUCCGGGAACCAAGCGCGCGAGGAACUGAUUGCCAUCUCUGAUGAUGAUUACGAAAACAAAGCAAGCCACCUAUGCCGGAGUCUAUACUACGAGCCUGGGGGCGAAGGACGAGCACGAGGCCGGUUAUUUGAGCUCCGCAGAAUGCUUUUUGAGGAGCGAUGGAGAAGCUCCCUGUUUGACACCAACCGAUGGGUUCGUGACUUGGAAGACGCUUACGAGCGAGUGUGGAAUCAAUGGGUGAAUGGCGAAGAAGGUGAUAUAUGGUUGUGA